AUGGCGGGACCACCGCCCUCCCAGAACGCCAAGGGCGCGACAGCUCUGAACAUGGCGCAGAAGCCGGCCGGUCGAACGAGCUACGAGCGUGAGGGCGGCGGUCUACAGCCACCCGCUGCCGUCAGCGCGGCGGGGGGGCGGACGCUCUCAGCAUCGACGGCGCGGUCGGCUGCGGGGAGCUUCAACCCAUCCUUUGCCCCGGGCAGCUUCAGCUCCGAGCUGCGCAGCCAAAUGUCCUCCAGCAGGGCCGGCAGCCGCAUGGACGUCGGCUCCAUGUACCCCGGCAACAUCAUGGACAAGGUCGACGAAGACGAGGACGACACGGCGGCCCAGCAGGCCCUCGUCGCCCUCAAGGACCGCCUGAACCGCGAGCUCAAGAUCAGGGAGGGCAGCGAGAAUAUGCUCGAGGCCCUGAACGCGAAAAAGGCCAAGCAGACCAAGGAGCAGCGCCAGCGGGUCGAGGCCGAGCUCAGCGCGAGCAACUCCAGGAUCCGGGCCCUGAAGCAGAAGAUAGCAGACAUCCAACACACAAGGACCACGCCGCAGCAGCAGCCGACGACCCCGACGAAGCAACGCGAGAGACUCAUGUCCAACGGCAUGAAGUCGCCCCCCAACCUCUCGAGGUCGGAUCUGGGAUCGGACGUGGACGAGUCGACGGAGAGCCCGACAUAUGCACUUACGGAGCUGCUCCAGGCGCUAGAGGUUGAGGGCAUGACGCCAGAGUACUAUGUGAGCCGCGGGAACCAGCUCGUCGACCUCUUCAAGAGGCACCCGACCCUCAAGUACGACCUCAUGUGGUCCGUGUUUGGGCUGCGGAUGCAGGUCAUGCUGUUGAGCGAGAGUCGCGAGGUGGUCGCCGCGGGCUACCGCAUGACGCGAUACGCCAUAUCAGACCGGGCGUCUCUCCGGAAGAUUCGCAGUCUGAACACAGACUACGUCGUGGUUCGGUCUCUCAACAACUAUCGCAAGGCAGACGUGGAGCGCGAGCAGGCGCUCAAGUUUGUGCGCGCCUUUCUCGACGUCAAGGACGGCGUCAAGGAGAUCUCCCGCGCCAUUGUGCGCACCAUUGUGGCCAUUGCUGAAGCUGGUGACGACCGCCGGCCCAACAUGCCCGUCGCCGAGCAAGACGCCGACCGAUUACGACCGAUAUGCAUAGAGACGUUGGCGGAGAUCCUGGUGCGCGACCCGCGGCUACUAGUUGCUUCGGGCGGCAUGGGCCCCUUGUCAGAGGCACUGGCCGAAGGAACCUACAAAGCGCCCGAGAGUCUCGCGGCAUCUAUUCUGUACCUUUUGGAUACCCCGAGGCGACGGAAAUAUGUGCAGCCUGGCUACGGCCUCGACGUACUGUUCACGGCCUUUACAGACCAUAUGAUCAGUGACGACAGUGUGCUCAAGCAGAACGCCAAGGCCAUCGCAGCAAGUCUCAAGUCAUGGUCUGGGCUCAUGUCGCUCAGCAUGUACAACUUUCGGGCCGUACGCUCUCUCAUCAGCUGCAUGAUACUGCCCAGCGCGUCGAUAAGAGAAACAAUCUUGGACUUGUUCUUCUCGCUACUGAGGAUCAAGCCGCCGGCGUGGGCUACAUCAUUCUUGGCCGGACGACGCCUCACAACGUAUGGACGCGUGGCAAACCUCAAGGGUGCUGGCAGAGAAAGGGGCGCGUCCAUCUACGUUGAGGAGGAUGGCGGGGAGCAGAACUUUGUCGAGCACUACACGGCUCUGCUGCUGGCCGUCUUUAUCAAAGCAGAUCUGCUCAAGAGUUUGCUCCACAUUGCACAGACGGAGGAGGAUCCCAUGCUGAAGCGGAAGACGACCCUGCUCCUGAGCGAGGUCUUGAAGCUGGCUAGCCGUCUGUUGCCGCCCUCCUGGAGCAGCGAGCUGCAGUUACUCCCCGAUCUCUUCAAUGCAGCGGCGAGUUUCAAGAACCAAGACUACCACAUUGCGACGGGCGUCGUCUACCAGAUGAGCAGCGUCAGCCGCACGCUUUACCGGAGCACGCCAUCAGGGGCCAUGCCGGGGAUGCUGCCCAGCAGCAACAGCAUGAGCGAUCUGACAUUGCUGGAUGACCAGCCCAAGUCUCAUGCCGCCGUCGUGUUUGACGAUGCCACGUUUCGACAGCUGCUCAUCGACUCUCGUGUUCUCAACCACUCGAACUGGUCCAAGUGGGACUGGGAUAUCAUAUUCAAAAUCAUCGACGGGCCGCUCCAGGUCGGCAAGCGCUUGGAGGAGGCGAUCAAAGCGUCAAAGUUCAUGAAGCGCAUUAUGAGCUUCUACCGACCGUUCAAGUACAAGUUCGCAGAGGUCAAGAACACGCGAGGGACGCAGAAAUACGUCAAGGUGGGCUGCGCUUUGAUGCACGCGCUGCUGCAGUCACCAGAGGGCGUGAGGUUCCUGGCGGACAGCAAGCUGCUCAGACAGGUUGCCGAGUGUCUCGCACAAUGCGAUCCGACCAGUGGCCUCACAGCGCAGUAUCCCAUGUUCUCCCCCGACCGCCUGCUCGACACGCUCUGCGGUGGGUACUUCCCGAUGCUGGGCGUGUUGAGUGGCGAUCCCCGGGGCCUGCAGCUCCUCGAGCGUUGGCGCAUGUUCAACAUGAUGUACCACAUUGUCGACUUGAAACAGCGGCCGGACCUGAUCAAGCUGCUGCUGUCCAGCUUUGACUACACCGUGCAGGGCCACCCGCGGGUGCUGCUGUCCAAGGCCCUCACCGCCGGCACAAAGGACAUUCGCAUCCACGCGACCAAUGCCCUGCGUAAACAUGCCAUUCGGCCGACGCCCUCGAUCAACAGCCAGGGGGGCAUGGGCGAUUCAAAGUGGGCGAUCCAGCUCCUGGUCACGCAACUCUACGACCCCGAGGUGGACGUCUGCUCGACGGCCAUCAAGAUCCUGGAGAAGGCGUGCAACCGGAAGCCGUCGCUCGAGUACAUUGUCGAGUGCCGGCCGUCCCUCGACCACCUGGGUGAGAUUGGCGCGCCACUUUUGCUGCGCUUCCUGUCGACGUCCAUUGGGUAUCACUACCUGGACGGGCUGGACUACAUCAGCAACGAGAUGGACGACUGGUUCCUCGGCCGCAACGACACCUACGUGCACAUGAUCGAGGCCAGCCUGGCCAGGGCCUUUUUGGUGGCUCCGGAUGACCAGAGCCACCGGAUGAGCCUCUUUGACGAUGCCGACGCAGAAGCGGACUUUCACGAUAACCACGUGCCGCCACACUUCUACCGAGAGCUGACUCGUACGCAAGAGGGCUGUCGCUUGCUGAACGACAAGGGCCACUUUGAAGAGUUUGCGUCGACGAUUCGCAACCACGGCAUGCGGGCCACAGACCCCGAGACGCUGCUCAAGGUCAAGGGCGCCCUGUGGGCCGUCGGCAACGUCGGCUCCAUGGAGCUGGGCGCUCCCUUUCUGGAGGGCAGCGACGUGGUCGAGCGGAUCAUUGCCAUGGCCGAGUCGCACGACGUGAUCAGCCUGCGCGGCACCGCCUUUUUUGUGCUGGGCCUCAUCUCACGGUCCACCCACGGCCUCGAGAUCCUGGCGGAGCACGGGUGGGACGCCAACACCACGCCCAUGGGCACGUCGCUCGGCUUCUGCAUCCCCAACGACCUGAGCAAGCUGCUGUCCCUGGUGCCGUGGAAUGCCGAAAACGUGGCCAACAUGCGCGUCCUCGACACCCAGUGCACCAUCUCGACGCCGCCCGCCGUCAGUCCCGCGCGUCCCAACAUGGAUCCGGCGGAGCGGCCGCCGCUCGUCACCGACGAGGACAUGAACAAGCGCAUCCUGGAGCUGAUUGUCGACCUCGGGAACAUGGUGCUCUACAAGAAGGCGCUCGUGGAGCUGCAGAAGCUGCGGGCGCGCAAGCCGGCGGCCUUUAACCGCACCGACUUUUUCAAGGAGGUCAUGGGGUUGAUGGAGUGGAAUCACUAUCGCCUCGGGGUGCGGCGGAUGGUGAUUGACCUGUUUGACAAGAACGUGAUGCGGCGGAUUGUGUUUGACGAGGAGGGCAGCUCGAGCAGUGGGGAGGACGACGACGACGAUGAAGAGGACGAAGAGGACGAUGAUGACUCAGAGGAUGACGAAGAAGACACGGAAGAAGAGAGUGGCGGCGGUCGACUCAUGGUGUCGCAUGCUCGUCGCGGCCACGGCCCAGGUGGUGACGAAAGCAGCUCGGGCGACGACAGGACGGAACGCCAGAGGAGUAUCAGCGAGCCGAUGGAGCCCAAGGGCCAGAUGAUGCCUGCGCCGUUGAACAUACGACGAGGGCUCGAAGCCGAUCAAAAGGUCAUCGCGGCGCAUGGCUGCUAUGCCAUGACGGCCACCACGGCCCUGACUGUGCAGAACACCCAGGGUGUGACGGACAUUCACCAUGUGCCCGUCGACUUUGUGCGGAAGCAGAUUGACGCCGUCGUGGCGGAUAUCGGCGUCGACGUCGUCAAGACGGGUAUGCUGGCGAGUAAAGAGGUCAUCGAGAUGCUGGACGGGGUUGUGAAGGAGUACAGGUUUCCUGAGCUUGUCAUCGACCCGGUCAUGGUAUCAACGUCUGGCUCGACGCUUCUGCCCGAGACGGCAAUCGAGAUGCUCACACGUCUAUUCCCCCAUGCCUCUGUCGUCGCGCCCAAUAUUCCCGAGGCGAACCUCAUCCUGGCGCAGUACAGCAAGGACGCCGUGGAGAUCAAGUGUGCGGACGACAUGGUCACGCUGGCUACACGGCUCCAGACGGCAAUGGGGUCCCGUUGGGUCCUCGUCAAAGGCGGCCAUUCACCCUUUGACGCACACCUCAAAGUGACCGGCGAGAAUGUCAAGGUCGUCGACGUUCUUGUCGGAGCGGACGGGACUGUCGAGAAGAUCGUGAGUGAUUGGCAGGACAGCCAGAGCACGCACGGCACGGGGUGUUCCUUGGCUUCUGCCAUUGCCUCGAAUCUUGCUGCGGGAAAGGACAUGACCAGCUCUGUGCGAGCCGCUUGUCGCUACAUCGAGGCGGGUAUUCGAACAGCCCCUGGCCUAGGCCACGGCCACGGUCCACUGAACCACUUCCACUCGACAAAGGUCUUGCCCUUUUCUCCAAACUAUUUCCUCGAGUACCUCAUCUCGAGACCAGAUGUCAAGCCCAUCUGGGAUCGAUUCGUGCACCAUCCCUUUGUCAUGGCCAUGGGCGACGGCUCUUUGCCUCUCGAUUCUUUCAAGAAUUACAUGAUUCAAGACUAUCUCUACCUUAUUCACUUUGCGAGAGCGACCGCACUUGGCGCGUACAAGUCCAAGAACAUGACGGACAUAAGUCGCGCCAGCGAGAUUGUCGCCCACAUUAUGACGGAGACAAAGCUGCACAUCAAGUACUGCGAAUCCUUUGGGAUGUCUCUUGAGCAGAUGGAGUCAACAGAAGAGCAUCAGGCUUGCACCGCAUACACACGCUACGUCGUCGACGUAGGCCAGUCCGAGGACUGGCUUGCCCUGCAGGUCGCCCAGGCACCAUGCCUGCUGGGCUACGCAGCUGUGGCCCGUAUGCUUCACCGACACCCCGAAACGAAGCGAAAGGACAACACAUACUGGGAGUGGAUCGAGAACUAUAUUGCCGAGGACUACUCUGAGGCUGUGAGGCUAGGUUCAGACCUUCUGGAAGAGCACGCAGCACUACAGUCGCCAACGAGGGUGGAGGAGCUGGUCAAGAUCUUUGUCCACGCCACCAAAAUGGAGAUUGGGUUCUGGGAAAUGUUUCCUCACAAAUAG